AUGGAGGAAACUGCAAGGAGAUCAGUCGACACUUCCGGAAGUGCGAAAGUUUCGCAAGACAAUGGUGCUGUUGAUUCGGUGCGCCUGUUCGAUACGCCAGAAAUCAACAAGGUCCUAAAUUCCGAUGUGGCAAUUAACGCUUUGUUGAGCCGUUUGAAGCAAUCGCUGUUGACCUGCGAAGAGUUUAUGAAGUACAUUAGAAAAAAGUACGUCUUCGAAGAAGAACACGUCCAGGAGCUAUCCAAACAAUACAAGCAUUUCUUCAACGUUGAUGGCUCUACGAAAUCGUCCUUAAAAAAGAUGAUCCAUGAAGUAUUGGAGUUUGACGGAAAGAUGGCCCAAGUAAAGCAAAGUUAUAUAACUGCACUACAAAAGAUGUAUUCGGAGAUAAGUAGUCUUUUGCUAACGAUGACCAAACUGAGAAAAUCUGUCAAGGAAACAAGUAAAAGAUUGGAAAAGGACGUUUCUGACGCUAUACAUAGUGCAGAAAAGGCUCAAUCUCGUUACAAUUCAUUGUGCCAAGAUUGGGACAAACUUAGAAUGACCGAUCCAUCAAAGACAAAACUGACCUUAAGAGGAUCCAAGACUACUAGAGAGCAAGAAGAAGAAUUGCUAAGGAAAAUUGAUAAUGCCGAUCUUGAGUACAAGCAAAGAGUAGACCAUUCAGACUCUUUAAGAAAUACAUUCAUAACGAAAGAAAGACCAAGGAUUGUUCAGGAGUUAAAAGAUUUGAUUUUGGAAAUGGACACAGCAAUGACCAUUCAAUUACAGAAAUACACGAUAUGGACGGAAAACCUGGUUCUAAAUACAGGUGUAACAAUAUGCCCCUUAGACUCCAUCAAAUCCAUGAAGUCCCUUGCCGGAUCCAUUUCCAAUGAACGUGAUCUUUACAGCUUUUUGAACAAGUAUAACCAAACCGGGAAGCAUUCACUUCUAAUCAACAAGAACCUUAUCCCUGUAUCAUACAAAAAGCAUCCAUCCAUGAACCAAGGCCAAAAAAACAAAACCCUUCCAAAAUUUGCUGUAGAUCCUUCAAGAAACUCUAUUCCGAAGAGAAUGAUUUCCACCCAUAAUGAGUCUCCAUUUCUGAGCGGUAAUAACAACAACAAUGCCGCUACCAACACAAUUCCUAAUGCCAACACGCCCUCUUUUAAUACAAACAAACAACUACCACCUACUGUAACACCCUCCUCUACCAACACCGCGGCAGGGGCCAUGUCACCAUCUUCUUCUAUUGUAACAAGCGAUACUACGUCAUCCAUGACAAAAACUUUGGAUCCUGGUAACAGGAGCCCUCAAGUCCCAGAAGAACUAAUCAAUUCUUUGGAUUCUGAUCGUCCCAUUUCACAUAUUCAAACGAAUAACCAUAUGCCACCCGGUGUCCUGAAAAAUUUCAAAACGUUCGGUGUUCCAUUAGAGUCAUUGGUAGAGUUCGAACAAGAUACGGUUCCUGCGAUAGUGCGCCAGUGUAUUUACGUCAUCGAUAAAUUCGGUCUCGAUCAAGAAGGGAUCUAUAGAAAAUCAGCGAACGUACUGGAUGUCAGUAAGUUAAAAGAGGAGAUUGAUAAGGAUCCUUCUAAUGUUUCUAUGAUUUUACCGUCAAAGCCACAUUCUGACUCAGACAUUUAUUUGGUGGGGUCACUGUUAAAGACGUUUUUCGCAUCACUACCGGAUAACGUAUUACCAAAGGCGCUAGCUUCAGAGAUUAAAGUUUGCUUACAAAUUGAAGAUCCAACAACAAGGAGAAAUUUCAUGCAUGGUUUAAUAUAUAAUCUACCCGAUGCACAAUAUUGGACUUUAAGGGCUCUCGUGUUUCAUUUGAAAAGAGUGUUAGCACAUGAACCUGAAAACAGAAUGAAUUUGAAGGCUCUCUGUAUAAUCUGGGGUCCUACUAUUGCCCCAGAAAACCCGGAUGAUAUUAAUGACGUAAACUUUCAAAUCAUGGCGAUGGAAGUACUGUUAGAAGUUUCAGAUCAAGCUUUUGAACCUGAAUGA